GGCGUCCACUUGCCAUGUACCCUCAACAAAAGUACUAGCGAGCAAGCUCCACUUUUUGAACGCAAAUUGGGGAAGAUGAAGGUGGAACGAGAUUCGCGUGAGAGAGAGAGCAAAGAUGGAAAGCAUCGAAGCAGCUGGCCUAGCUCUCCUGUACUCUUCCUCCCAUGAUAUUGAUGCAGUAAACUCUGAGCAUUGCCCUCGUCCUCUUCACUGACUGCUGACUCUCCGUCUCCGCCCUUUUCUUCUGCUUCAGACAUCUUCUUGCACAUCCUUCAUCUCCUCUCCAUUUGUUCUCCGCAGGUGCUGUUUUCUCCUAAGAAGACAAGCACCAUGUUUCGAAUGAAGCAACCUUCUCAUACUGUGGAGAAUGAUGGCAUGCACCAACAAGCAAAGAUCAGUGAGUUAAAAUCUGCAAUUGGCCCCAUAACUGGAAGAAGCAAGCAGUUCUGCUCCGAUGCAUGCUUUCGAAGAUACUUGGUUGCUCGUAGCUGGAAUGUUGAGAAGUCGAAGAAAAUGCUGGAAGAUACUCUGAAGUGGAGAUCAGUCUAUAAGCCUGAGGAAAUUCGUUGGCAAGAUGUUGCUAUGGAAGGCGAGACUGGAAAGGUGUACAGAGCAAAUUUUCAUGACAGGGAUGACAGGACUGUUCUUGUGCUGAGACCAGGAAAACAGAACACGUCGUCGCAUGAUAAUCAACUCCGUCAUCUGGUUUAUCUCUUCGAGAAUGCAAUUCUCAAUUUACCGGAGGGUCAAGAGCAGAUGGUGUGGCUGAUAGAUUUUGGAGGAUGGUCUCUAAGCAACUCAGUCCCGAUAAGGAUGGCAAGAGAAACAAUAAAUGUCUUGCAAAAUCACUAUCCUGAAAGGCUUGCUGUUGCUUUUCUUUAUAAUCCUCCGAGAAUCUUUGAAACUUUUUGGAAGGUGGUCAAAUACUUGAUGGACCCAACAACUUUUCAGAAGGUGAAAUUUGUGUACCCAAAGAACAAAGAGAGCAUAGAGCUAAUGCAUAAGCACUUUGAUGAGAAUAUCCUUCCCAGGGAAUUUGGAGGGAAGAGCGACGCUCAUUAUGACCAUCAGGAGUUCUCCAUAUUAAUGGCUAAGGAUGACCUCAAAUCUCUCAGAUUUUGGGGAUCUGACAAUUCUUCUGCGCCAUUAAUGGUAGAAACUGAAGCUUCUUUGCACGCUACAGCUGCAAGUUAAUUAAGUCCCUCUCACACCCUUAAAUCUCUCUGCUAUCUUCUAUAUCUUCUACUUCUACUUCUGAAGUUUGAUGCCAUGAAAGACAUGCCUUUGAAUUUUUAUGUAUUUUUACAUUGAAGAUUUACAUUACGGAACA